AUGGCAUUAACUCAAGAAGAAAUAGUUCAAGUUACUUUAAGCGUUUCAUCGUAUAACAGUCAAGUUCAUGUUUGCCCGACUACAGCAACAAUUCAUUUCCUUCAAUCUACUAGUGCUAGCCAAGACGUGGCUAAUACAAGCAUCGAUGGAUGGAAGUUGAUCGGUAGAGGCGUACCGGCUAUCGUUCAGAAACAAACUAAAAGCAAGAGAGAAAUUGAACUAUGUUUUGUCGAAAUUGGGACUGGUUUCAUCAUCUGGAGAGAUAGCAUCGAACCAGGCUUAAAGUAUCAAUCGAUACAAGAUGAUUUUCAUACCUAUUGCAAGACUAAAGGAGAAUAUUUUGGCUUUAAAUUUGCAAGUCAAGAAGCUGCUGCAUCACAUUACCGAGAAAUAGAGCAAAUAAUCGCUGAUAGCAAUAGUAGAGACGCCAAAAAGAGAGCCGGAUUCCUUAAAAAUGCCCUCUUACGUCGCACCAAACGUAAGGAUAUCUCAAAGUCGUCAUCACUACGUAUUCGAAAGGAACAAAUAUCACAACCUUGUAUGUUUAAGCAUGUUACUGCUUUAGACGAUGAGUUCCUAGGUAAAGCAUCAUCAGAAGAGGCAUCCGAUUUGGAAAUUGCUGCUGUUGAAUAUGGUAGCACUGAGUGCCUGUCGGAGUUAUAUGAUAAAAAGAAGACUGAUGACUGGUUGGAAUUGUCGGCAGACGAUAAAAGAAAGAGACUUUCCAAGAGUUUAACUGUCGAUUCUUCUGGUAUAGACACAUUAAAGCAAUCAAGAUCAUUUGGUGACAAUCAAUCACCUGAUUUGGAAAAACGGAUAUGA